UUUACAUAUUUAAAAUGUCAUCAGAGCCGGAAAUAGCUAAGGAUGCAGUACUGAAGCGCAGCGAGCGCAUAGCCGAGGGCACUCCACAGGUGCAGGGCUAUGAUUUUAAUCAGGGCAUUGACUACAGUAAGCUUUUCGAGUCUUAUGUUAACACAGGCUUUCAGGCCACAAAUCUUGGCCUGGCUAUAAAGGAAAUAAACAAAAUGUUGGAUUGCAGGGCACAGCCGCUGGAUGAUGAGAAACAGGACAUACACGAGACAGAUGAGUUUAUCAAAAGACGGAGCAACUGCACCAUCUUCUUGGGCUACACAUCCAAUCUGGUUUCUUCGGGCAUGCGGGAGACGUUGCGCUUCCUGGCUGAGCAUCGCAUGGUCGACUGCAUUGUCACAACUGCGGGCGGCGUGGAAGAGGAUUUCAUUAAGUGCCUGGCACCCACAUAUAUGGGGUCAUUUGAGCUAAGUGGACGAGAUUUGCGAGAGCGUGGGAUAAAUCGUAUUGGAAACUUGCUUGUGCCGAACGACAACUACUGUAAAUUCGAGGACUGGCUUAUGCCGCUCCUAGAUGAGAUGCUGGUGGAUCAGCGUGAAAAGAAUACAGUCUGGUCGCCAUCGCGUAUAAUACACAGGUUAGGGGAACGCAUCGCCGAUCCUAGCUCAAUAUAUUAUUGGGCGGCAAAAAACAAGAUUCCCGUUUUCUGUCCCGCACUCACCGAUGGCAGUCUUGGUGAUAUGAUGUAUUUCCAUUCAUUUCGCCAGCCCGGACUUGUCGUCGACAUACUCUCCGAUCUACGGCGAUUAAAUACUAUGGCCGUCAAAGCUGUAAACAGUGGAAUGAUUAUUGUGGGCGGUGGAGUGAUUAAGCAUCAUAUUUGCAAUGCCAACUUAAUGCGCAAUGGUGCUGAUUAUUCAGUGUUCAUCAAUACUGCGUCCGAGUUCGAUGGCAGCGACAGUGGAGCUCGGCCCGAUGAGGCCAUAUCAUGGGGCAAAAUCCGCAAGGACGCAACGCCCGUGAAAGUGUAUGCCGAGGCCACUCUAGUGUUUCCCCUCAUUGUGGGGGAAACGUUUGCGAAGCGACAUUUUAACGAAAAGUUGUAACAUCAGCAUGAAAUGCUAAUACAAAUAAUAUGUGACUACUAAUGUGAAGAAUAAUAAAUGGCCGUUUAUCUAAGCCAAA